UAGUUCAAACUGUUUGUAGUUCAGCGAUCUCACAAUGCAAGACUGACUGUAGAUCUUCCUGAAGAGUAUGCGUGUUGUUUAGGGUGCAGCGGAAACCAUGUUAGCGCCAUACUCCUUGUAUGUAUCUCGCACAGUCGUUCAAGUGUAUUAAGGAGAAAAGACACUAAUCUGUUUGGGGGUAUGCUUUAGGUGUAGGUAAUCGCCUUAGCUAAGCUUGAGGAAUGCAAUUUUUAUCUCCCUCCAAUUGCUUAGGUAUGUAACUGAAAGCGAUACAACCCAUUCUCACUAGAUGACAAUAACAUCCAGUCCCCAUUGCAGGAGUGCUGGUAUGCCAUCUAAUCAAGGUGAUUUAUAUGCUGAGAACGAUAUUUCAUCGCCCAGUGAUUUUCCGUGGUAAUACAGGAGGCUACUCUGGUCAGUUGAGAUAUGGCGCUGUGGUGGCUCCGAGAAAGUGGGCCACUCAGUAGCAGUACCUUGGCUGUCUCUGAAAGGUUAUCCGUGUAGGAAUUAUCCUCUCGUCUGAGGCUAGCUGGGUUGUAAAAUGAACUUCUCGUUAGAAUUUUAUUUAGGUGAGAUGCAGAGGAAGUGGAACUCUUCUAUGCCUCUCUUGACGCCUUCUAAUAUCCUUACAUAGCCUUAGUUUUCUGCUUUUUGACCGCCCUGCACCACCACCAGGAGUAGUUAUAACUUAUAGGGCGCAUUUUGGCAGUCCUCGGAGGACAUGCCUGUUCAAGUGAGUUAGGUAAGAUCAUACUAUGUCCUGUAAGUCGCAGGGCCCGAGAACCGUCCCCUAAAAGGUUUUUCUCCAAAGAGAUGUUUGUAAAGAUAAAGGGUUGUACCUAUAAUCGUUUCUUAUGUGCGGGUUUCAUUCCUUUUUAUGUAAUCCAGUGAUUCAUUGUCAUUUGUAUGUUGUUUGAUGCUAGUAGGUAUAUAAUGGAAUGUUUAUUUUAAGUUGCUUAAACCACUCCGCAUUGUUGAAUGGGCCUUUCCUUCUCUCUUCUAACAAAGCCACGGCAAUUAACUGCUAAUAAGAUGGAAACUGUCAAACCAUUGUUUUUGCGUGGUUGGUUACCUAAUAAAAGGUUCCUCGUACCUACCAUAUGUCAAUGAUAUGUGUUGUAUGAAGGGUAGGUAAUCUGUAAGGUUGCGUCCUCUUUCCACCCUCGUUCCUUUGGAUCCAGAGGGUUCUCCACCCACAACGGAAUCUGGUGGUAAGUCUUUAGCAUGUUGCCUGACUGCACCUUUAAGUGGGGGAGAAAGAAGCGAUGUCUGGGUUCAUUUUCCUGACUGAGCGUUGAAACCAGGCGCGUCGGAAGGGGUUUGUUGACGUCAUGGUGGGGAAACUGGGGUCUGCUUAUGCAUCCAAAUGAUUAAUGCUAGGAAAAAAGGUUCUACGUCUUUUGUAGGAAAUUUAUUUUGUAAAUACAAAUGAUUACCUAUGAAAAAGUUUAUAGUUUUUGAGACAGCUGGGCUACUUGGUGUGAUUGUCAAAAUAGGCUUUUGCGCCUCCAGUAAACUACUUCAAGCAUUUCUAAACUGAGACAAUCAAUAGUUGAGUAUGUAUCCAAGCAACGGUACAAUACAAUUCUUUUUCAGCGUGUCAAUUGUCAUACGUUUUUGACACAUGCCCUUUGUUUGUAAAAGUAAAAUUGUGAACACCAUCCGCUCAAAUUUUUCGUAUAUACAAUUCAUAGCAAUUAUGUAGUUACUCGUGACUUCUGAGAAUGCCGAGGAAAGCUUUACGAGUACAAAUAGAAUUAGAUAUUCAAGCUGUAGGUCACAUGUCCUGGUGUAUGGUUGUGUCCAAAUGGAAAAGUGUCCUUACAAAUUUACAUGCUUGACUCGUGCAUUCAGACCACUGCUUUACCUCCAGUGUUUCCCCUUUUGUAUCACGAACAGUUUAUAUUCUACAAAACGUUCCAUACAGCACAUACAUUGGUAGAAUUGCAGAGAGUAAUCGACAAAGACUUCCUUUAUGCUGAAUUGCUGCAAUGGCAAAAGGGCAAUACGGGUAAUGUAAUUGCUUCUUUCCAAACGUCACUCCAUGAAGUUUUAUAUCCUUCCUCCACGGAAGGUACUUUAUCUGGAGUUGAUGUGGACUUACUAAUGGAACCGUCAAAAAUUUUCCCAGGGAUAAUCGCGCCCAAGAUUGAAAUAAGCACUCGAGCUACGGUUGAGCAAAUUGUAUGCUCGAACGACCGCGCCAAAUCGAGCCAUUACGUUGUGAAUCCAAAAACCAUUCCUUCGAAUUACAUCCCGCGCGAUUUAAAACGCAACAAUAAACUACCUCGGCAGAAGAGGGUUUGUCAUUCUGUGGAAUAUCAUCGUUCCAGAAAGUGCGUCCCGAAUAGACCGCAGUUCGAAGCAAAACCGCCCUUUGUGUUUAAGAAGCCAGAAGAUGAACUUCUAUCCAGAAAACCGCAAGGUAUCAACGGUAAUUAUGCGACCAAAUUUUUUCAAGUGAAGAAAUUGGAGCUUUCCCCAAGGUCGAGAUCGAGAGAUGUUCCAUCAAGUAACCAAGAACAGAAGUGUUCGUGUGGAAGCAUUGAGGAAUGUCAUGUAUGUGCGAAAUACAGCAGCUAUUUCGACGGCGGAGCAAUGGUGAAUGAUCACUACACAACCGCAGAUGCAUUUGUUCGAAAGGUUUGUAGCGAUCCGGCCAGUGGAAGUACCGAUAAUGCAAUUCGUUGCAAACGUUCGCCUAAUACCCCAGAACAGUACGGAACUCCUCCUCUCUGCAGCAACAAAUAUUGCGUUCGUUGCACGCUAAAACGAAGGCCAAGCGUUGCGAAACAAAUACACGACAGGCUCGUGAGGACUUUAGAUUUUUGUUCGCCGGUGAACAAUUGCGAUGAAGAACGAGAUCCGGCUUCAUGUACUAUCACCGCGUGUUGCAGUCCCAAAUCUAGAAAUUGUGAUCAAGGGUUUUACGAAAAUUAUGAACUAUAUCGGUGUUGAUUGAAUUUUUACAUGGUUUAUACACUAUACUUCUUCUAUUAUAGUACCAUAUAAUAAUAAUGCUAUUGCUUACAGGGGCGCUUUAAAUAAAUAUUGAUAUGUAUAUAAUGUGCAAAUUGAGAUAAACAAAUCCAAAAAUGAUGUUUUCAAUUUCUCAAAUAGAUGACUAUAUCUACCGUGUGUCCCAGAUUGAACACACCGAUAAGCAAACCUCACGAAGGAUCCACAAAGACUUUGGUAUGGAUUUGAAGUUAGCGGUCAACGUACGUUAUUGCGCUGGCCUGAUACUAGAAAGAUUGAAGUAGCACGUUGAGCGCUAAUGUCAAAGGUCUGCGCGAAAAAAUACAUUGCAGUCUCCCUAUCGUGCGUUUUAUCUGGGACACACUGUAUUUACGCCAGAAAACAAAUAUGCAAAAUUGAGGCCAAAACAAUAAAUAAUAAACAUUCAUCAAGAUAUAUGGCCACAAAACUUUUCAACCAUCUUCCACCACAUAUCCGCAACUGCGCCUCCUCGAGGGAGUUCAAGAAAAUGGCCCAUAACCUGUUCGUCGAUCACCCCUACCACAGUACUGGAGAGUAUUUGGUUCAAAAGCUGUGAUAACCUUAUUUUUAAUGUUUGUUUGUUACUGUUACUGUACUGAUCUGUCUUCAUGUCUUUUUACACUUAUUUGUACGAUCACUAAUUGA